GGCGCACAGAAGCUGCGCUGGAGCUGCAGUUCUGCGUCAAAACGCGACCCGUGACCGGCUGCAGCCGCAUCCUCCAGAAGACAAAGACUUGUUGUAUAACUGACUGAAGGCGGUAUUGUUGCGGUGGGCAAAUGCGCAUUAAAGGCUACGGUUUGCGCGGUUAUGUUCAUUAGAACAUUCCUGCGCGGAUUGGGGCGACAUCGAGUGAGAGAGCGCGGCUUUACAUAAGAAACGGCAUGCUUUUCACGUGAAAUGCGCCUUUAAAACGCGGUCACACCGACGCGCAUCCAACGGGGAGAGGAGCCGAAAGUCUGACAGCUGCAGCCGCUUGUGUCAACAGGAUGGCCACGUCGUACCCGUUACCGGAGGGAUUCUCCGAGCUCGACGUGUUUUCUCUGGGAUCGUGCCUGCUGGUGGAGGGUCUGCUGGGCAUCUUCCUGAAUUCGGUGACAAUCGUUGCUUUCCUGAAAGUCAGAGAGCUCAGAACCCCGAGCAAUUUCCUGGUGUUCAGCCUGGCGAUGGCUGACAUCGGCAUCUCCAUGAAUGCCACCAUUGCAGCCUUCUCCAGCUUUCUGAGGUAUUGGCCAUAUGGCUCAGAAGGAUGCCAGACUCAUGGCUUCCAUGGCUUCCUGACAGCCCUCGCCAGCAUCCACUUCAUUGCAGCGAUCGCCUGGGACAGAUACCAUCAGUACUGCACCAGGACAAAGCUCCAGUGGAGCACUGCCAUCACUCUGGCUGUGUUAGUGUGGAUCUUCACUGCCUUCUGGGCUGCCAUGCCCCUCAUCGGCUGGGGGGAGUACGACUACGAACCCCUCAGGACUUGCUGUACACUGGACAUCAGCAAAGGAGACAGGAACUAUAUCUCCUACUUGAUCCCGAUGAGCAUCUUUAACAUGGGGAUUCAGGUGUUUAUUGUCAUGUCCUCUUACCAAUCUAUCGCACAAAGGUUUAAGAAGACCGGAAACCCCAGAUUUAAUGCCAGCACUCCCCUGAAGACUCUACUGUUUUGCUGGGGUCCCUAUGGCAUCCUGGCCUUCUACGCUGCAGUGGAGAACGCCAAUCUCGUUUCCCCUAAAAUCAGAAUGAUCGCUCCCAUCCUGGCUAAAACCUCUCCGACCUUCAAUCCGCUCCUGUACGCUUUGGGAAAUGAGAACUACAGAGGAGGCAUUUGGCAGCUCCUCACCGGGGAAAAGAUUCAUGCACCUCAAGAUGACAAUAAGUUUAAAUAAACCAACCACACACACUACCCGUCCUCGAUGUUUCUGUCUGUGAGCAUCCGUGUUGUGUCUGAAGCAGUGAUAAUCAGAGCCCCCCUGUAAACAUCACUACAAUGUUUGUGGGUUUAUUUCUGAAGGUGCUGAGUUAUUUAAUACUUGGAAAUAAUGGAAGCUAACAUUGUUAGCCAGUUUGGCUUACAUUUUCUCCGCUUGAGUAUUUUCCCAGCAGUCUGGAUGUGACUGAUGAGGGAAAUCCUUCAAAUAUUUUGAUUCUGUUAAAUAGCUUUGGACCUUGACCAUAGAAGACUUUUCUUUCUUUCUUUCUUUGUAUUUAUUAGUCAAGUUCUAAGACUCGUCUCUGUGUAAGCAGAGCAAAACUUCAAUAAUCCUCUGAACAAGACGGCUAUUCUUCAACUCACAGCCCCAAGGACAAGUCAGAGAUUAGAGGGUGGAUGUAGAUUAACUGCUAAUGCCUCUCAGUCUGACACUUGUGUGUAAAAAAUAAAAAAAGAAAUUAAAACAGACACUUUUAAGCAAUUUUACAGCCACUCCACUUUAAAUUUUGACCCAGUUACUGUGAGAAUUCUUAUGAAUGUCAGCAAAGUAUAUAUAAAAAAUUAAAACCCAACAGAUUAGAUCUACUUUUUGCAUUCACUGCAGCUUUUUUACUUUCAAAGAAGUCGGAUUUCUAGCUGCAUUUCUCUGAAAGACGUUGAACAGGAUUGUUGUUGUUUACCUGAACACGGGGGGCAUUAUCUCAGUUGUUGUCUGGAGUUGUGUACAUGUGAUACAAGUUUGUGUCAUCAAAACUGUGUCUGUGAAAUCUUUAGGAGGAGACGAACAUCUUUUUCCGGAUGAAACCCGACUGAUCCUGUUCUGUUCAAUGUCAUAACAUGUACAGUGGAUUUUGUAUAUUUAUUAUUCCCUAUAAAAAUGUUAUAUGCACAGACAA